CUCCCCACUCUUCUCACUGCUUCUCAUCCCCACCCGUUUGUUAAUUUCCCACGCGCACCGUAUCCAGAUAUUUUCCCCUCGUUGUUCUUUAUAUAAAUUCUCCCUAGCAACGUACAUUUUAACAUGUUACAAGAAUCGCUUCACCGCACACCACUCAUCCACCAGCGUUCCGCCGAAGCGCUUCUUCGAAACGAUGGAGACGGAGCUGCAGAACGAACGGCCCAAAUCUUACUACCAAGUUCUCGGCGUUCCGCGGGACGCUUCCGCCGGCGACGUCCGUGCCGCUUAUCGGAGACUCGCGAUGAAGUGGCACCCGGAUAGAAGUGCGAGGGAGCCGUGGCUCGUGGAAGAGGCUAACCGUAGGUUCCAGCAGAUACAAGAGGCUUACAAGGUAUUGUCAGAUGAGAAGAAGAGAGAGUUAUACAAUGCAGGAUUUUAUGAUCCGAUUCAAGAGGACGAAGACGAGGUCGAGGGCUUUCAUGAGUUUUUUCAAGAAAUGCUUCGUCUUAUGGCUAAAGUGAGGAGAGAGGAGAGGGAAUACAGUUUAGCGGAGUUACAGCAAAUGUUGGUUGAGAUGGCUUGCAGUUUUGCGCCAUCUCCUCCUCCUAGUAAUGGAUUCGCCGCCGGAGUAUCGACCGUAGAUGCGAGAAGAUUCGGCAAUGGUGCAGAUCGAAUGGCGGAAAUUAAAUCCGGUGUUCGUGUGUCGGGUGUAGGGAGAUCGGGGAGCACAGGCUCUUACUAUGGGUAGCACUUGUCCUGAUAUAGAGAUGUUGUGUGUAAAAAUAUUUUUGUAGUUGGAUGAGCUAAUUUUGCGAAUAGUGGAGUUAGAAAUUUUGGGUUUUUGUGAUCGAAAAUAAGAAGGGAACUUCAAUUAGGUUUAUUGCGGUUUAGUGGUUUUUUAGUUUGCUAUUUUGUGGUUUAAAAUAUUUUAUUAUUUUAUUUUAUAGUAUUGUUUU